ACUGGUUCUCUGUUCAUGCGUAACAGUUGCCUAAGGGGCAGUAAAAGACCUUCAUCACACUCCAAUCUCCUAAUUCUAACACAAAUUUUGACGAAUCAAAAUUUGUUUCCGUUGCAUUAAAGAAAUUGCUAUCGUUGUAAAUUUACUUUGUAUUUUGUUUCUCUUCGUUAAAUUCGUUAUUGUUUGAUCCGGAUUUUCAGUAUCGUAUAUACAUAUAUAUGUACCCUUGAAUCUUGGGAUCUUUAAGAAGGUUCUCUUUCACUAUCGUAUAAGGCAUUCAGUAGCCCCGCCGUUUCUACACCCGCAUUAUUGGACUUCGAGAUGAAAGAGACUAAAGAUGGUCAGAGGACUGGUAGGAUUUCUAAAUCGCCAUCGACCGACUCCCAUCCACUUGUUCUUGAUAUUGAUGACUUUAAGGGCGACUUCUCAUUCGAUGCGUUGUUUGGCAACUUAGUUAAUGAGCUGCUGCCAUCUUAUUUAGAUGAAGAAACAGAAACAUCCGAAGGACUUGGUGCGAAUGAUACUAUGCCAGCUGGUCAUGUGCGAACUCACUCUGAUGCUGGAAAAGCAUCACAAGGAAUAUCAAGCCCACUGUUUCCUGAAGUAGAUGCUCUUUUAUCUUUGUUUAAGAAUUCAUCUAUACAGUUGAUUGAUCUUAGGAAGCAGAUUGAUAAGAAACUCAACAAUCUCAAGAAUGAAGUUGCCACCCAAGACUCUAAGCACCGCAAGACACUUUCCGAGCUGGAAAAAGGAGUCGAUGGCUUGUUUGAUAGUUUUGCAAGGUUGGAUUCACGCAUAUCAAGUGUUGGUCAAACUGCUGCUAAGAUAGGUGACCAUCUGCAGAGUGCAGAUGCCCAGCGAGAAACUGCCAGUCAGACAAUAGAUCUUAUUAAGUACUUGAUGGAGUUCAAUAGCAGUCCUGGUGACUUAAUGGAACUUUCACCUCUAUUUUCUGAUGAUAGUCGGGUAGCUGAGGCAGCUUCAAUUGCACAAAAAUUGAGAUCAUUUGCUGAGGAAGAUAUUGGAAGAAAAGGCAUGGCUGUAUCAUCAGUUAUGGGGAAUGCAACAGCCAGCAGAGGAUUGGAAGUUGCGGUUGGUAACCUCCAAGAGUAUUGCAAUGAACUGGAAAAUAGAUUGUUGGCCAGAUUUGAUUCUGCGUCGCAAAGAAAGGAGUUGUCUACAAUGGCAGAAUGCGCAAAGAUUUUGUCACAAUUUAACAGGGGUACCAGUGCUAUGCAACACUAUGUGGGGUUACGUCCAAUGUUUGAUUUGGAGGUCAUGAAUGCUGAUGCCCAAAUGGUUCUUGGUGACCCUGGUUCUCAGCCUAGUCCUAGCAAUGUGGCCCAUGGGCUCUCUUCAUUAUACAAGGACAUUACAGAUACUGUACGGAAAGAGUCAGCAACAAUAACAGCAGUAUUUCCUUCCCCAAAUGAUGUCAUGUCCAUAUUGAUUCAGCGCGUGAUGGAAGACCGAGUUCCAAAACUUCUUGAGAGGCUACUGGUGAAUCCAUCUCUUGCUCAUCCACCUCCCAUGGAAGAAGGCGGACUUAUAUUAUUCCUUAGAAUGCUAGCAGUGGCAUAUGAGAAGACACUGGACCUUGCUAGAGAUUUAAGUGCCAUUGGGUGCGGUGACUUGGAUGUUGAAGGCUUAACGGAGGCUUUAUUUCUUCCCUACAAAGAUGUAUACAUAGAGUAUGAACAGGCUUCACUUAAGCAACUCUAUAAAGCAAAGAUGGAGGAACUGCGUGCUGAAAACCAGCAAGCUUCUGAAUCAUCAGGGACAAUUGGGCGAUCAAAGGGAGCUUCCAUAGCAUCUUCUCAACAGCAAAUAUCCGUAAGUGUGGUGACCGAGUUUGUACGUUGGAACGAAGAAGCCAUAUCCAGGUGUUCUUUGUUUUCAUCACAGCCUGCUACCCUUGCAGCCAAGGUACGGGUUGUUUUCACUUGCCUUUUGGACCAGGUCUGUCAAUAUAUAACAGAAGGCCUUGAAAGAGCCCGGGACAGUCUGACUGAAGCAGCAGCGUUAAGGGAACGGUUUCUUCUGGGAACUAGCGUCAGUCGAAGAGUAGCUGCUGCAGCUGCUUCUGCAGCAGAAGCUGCUGCUGCAGCUGGGGAAAGCAGUUUCAGGUCUUUUAUGGUUGCGGUACAGCGGUGUGGAAGUAGUGUGGCUAUUAUUCAGCAAUACUUUGCCAACUCUAUUUCCCGCUUGUUGCUACCUGUGGAUGGUGCACAUGCUGCUUCCUGUGAAGAAAUGUCAACCGCAAUGUCCAGAGCAGAAGCUACUGCUUACAAGGGGCUUCAGCAGUGCAUUGAAACAGUGAUGGCUGAGGUUGAGCGCCUGCUAUCAGCUGAGCAAAAAGCCACAGAUUAUCGAUCACCUGAUGAUGGCUUUGUUCCUGAUCACCGACCCACAAAUGCCUGCACUAGGGUUGUUGCUUAUCUUUCCCGGGUACUUGAGGCUGCUUUCACAUCUCUUGAAGGUCUUAACAAACAAGCAUUCCUCACUGAACUGGGGAAUCGCUUCCACAAGGGGCUGGUGAAUCAUUGGCAGAAGUUCACUUUCAACCCGAGUGGAGGGCUGCGCCUUAAGCGUGAUAUAACAGAAUAUGGGGAAUUUGUUCGUCGUUUCAAUGCUCCCACAUUAGAUGAGAAGUUUGAGUUGCUGGGCAUCAUGGCCAAUGUCUUUAUUGUUGCUCCUGAGAGUCUGUCAAGUCUGUUUGAGGGAACCCCAAGUAUCCGGAAAGAUGCACAAAGGUUUAUUCAGCUCAGAGACGACUACAAGAGUGCAAAACUGGCAUCUAAACUCAGCUCCUUGUGGCCUAGCUAAUUAAUGCAGAAAUCACUUGCACAUUUGAAAUAGGAGGUGUGACAGUUGAUGAAUGCAACUGCUAUCCUCUUGCAGGAUACGCGAACUGAAAUUUGUUAUUGAACGAAACAGCCCUGCGUGCUGCAUCUGGUUACUUCAUUCAGGGACACGGUGAUUAUUUUUUUCACACACUUGAAUCUUGACCAAAGUCUAAUUCCCAAGUUUUGCUAA